CGCCCGUCUGACCUUCCAUCCUCUCGCUCCCUUCUCCUCAUGCCCAAAAGGCUCAGCCGUACGACCCGUCUAAGACGUAUCAGCUCGCACUUCACUACGACUCUCAGGCCACUCAGCCUGCUGAAGAAAAUGAUCCGAGCGCCUCAUCUGCGUCAGGCAAGCAGAUGCGCUUGGUCAAGGUGUCGUCAGACAUCUUGCCAGACAACCAGCAAGUCGCAAUCAUCGAUGCGGGCUCCGAGGGUACCUCCAUUGGACGUGACAAAGCCUUUACCCCUCGCAUCCGCCUGCCAGUCAUGGAAAUUUCUAAGCAUCACACCAGCCUCUUCAUGAUGAAAGACAACAACACCAACCAAGAAGACUUCCACGCCUCCGACAUGGGCUCGACGUAUGGAACCUUCUUGCUGCGUGCUGCUCAGGUUCCACGAGACCUCGCGCGCCUCCCGCCGACAUCGCAAUACAGGCGGCUGUCAGAGGCUAAGAAGUCGUCAGGCCCCUGCAAGCUAGCGCAUGGAGAUGUGCUGCGCGUUGGUCACACUACCUUUGUCGUUCACAUCCACUCGUGGCCCUACUCUUGCCAGCAGUGCUCGCUGCACCAAGAUGGCUCCAAUGAGAUCCCUUUGCAUUCGUCAGGUGCUGACGCAGGCGCUUCGACGUCUCGUGCGCCGUCUUCUGCCACGCAAGCAGGCUCGCAGCUCAAGCAGAUGGCUACACCAUCGUCUUCGGCGUCGACCACUUACGCGCAAGUGCGUGGCUCUGGUGAUCGCAAGCUCGAUGCAGCAGCUCAACGCAAGCGUCAGAUGGCCGAGCUCAGGUCGUCAUACCUCUCCGGGGCCGGGGGCAGCAGCAACCAGCCAAGGAGCAGCGCAAAGCCGCCUGACGUUGAUGGCGCCAAGACCAGCCUUUUCGGAGGCGGCACUUCACCGCGCUCAACCAGCACGAGCCAAUACCAAGACCGAGCCGCCCAGAGGCGUGCUCAGCAUCCCAAUGAGCCAGCACCAUCGAUGCGUAGCGCUGCUGUCCCACAAAGGCAGCUCGAAGGACUGUCCACUGGGCCGCGUUCUCGGUCGUCGCCCUAUCCUCCCGGCCAGUCGUAUACCGCCCCUGCAGCGCCUCUCCAAUCUCGCUCGCCACCUCGAGCGCUUUCAGCGGACAACCGCGGUUACCAGCUUUUCGCGCAGAUGACUGCAAGAGACAGUCAAUGUCUAGCGAGCGCAGCACAGGAUCAGUCAAUAUCCGCAUCCACAUCGUGGGCCAGCCAAGACCCAAUCGCAGCUCGUACGACCUCUGGUCGGGCAGGGCUGGGCAGUCGUCCCCUCUUGCAUGCUCACGAGGUCGGAAGAGAGACGUCGUCGUCCUCUCACAGUGGAGGCGGUGGCGGUGGCGGUGGUAGAGACCUCUACACCAAGGAGGGCCAAGAGGAGACGAGGCGGAGGAGGUACGAAGAAGCGAUCAGACGGGGAGCCUGACGGCGAUUGUGAAAUGUAGGACAAGCUGACCUGCUUGGUAUGAAGGCGGUCGACAAUCGAGAGAUGCCAGACUGACAAUACGAGUCGUGCCGUGUUGAGCUCCGAUCGUCACGAACGAACCAGUCAGGAGAGUUGAGUCACACACGCUGCCCUCCCAGGUGAAUUCCGCCUGGUCCUAGAGGCGACGCGCCGACACGCCACUCCGCAACACCGCCAUCUUCGUCAACCUUGUCCGCUGCCCUGGUUGCCUUUCAUCUCGGCUUCUCACGUUGCGGGGAG